AUGCCAGAGCAGGACAAGGAAACUCCGACGUCUUCUGGCAUCGUCCUGGACGAAACGACAGGCCAACGUCAUGUUCCUUCGUCGACCCGAGCAGAUGGUACAAAACGCAGAGAAAUCCGCAUUCGCCCAGGGUACCAGCCCCCAGAAGACGUCAAGGUCUACAGAAACCGUUCAGCCGCCGCAUGGCAGACUCGUGGGAAAGGCGGCGUUCCAGGCGCAGAAGGGCUGGCGACCGGUGACAACAACCAGAGUGUGAACACUGCGAGCAACAAGAACGCCAAGCGUCGAGAAGCGAAGAAGAAGGCCAAGGCUGAGGAGCAGCCAGAAGAGGAUGAAAAGCAGACUGAGGCCGCAAAUGCGACUGAUAGCAAGGCCGAAGUCACUGAACAGGCACUUGAUCCGGACGCCGAAAAGGAGAAAAAGGCUCGCAACUUGAAGAAAAAGCUCAGGCAGGCACGAGACCUUCGCGAGAAGAAGGACAAGGGCGAAUCUCUGCUCCCAGAGCAGCUGGCAAAAAUCAUCAAAAUCAACGAGCUUAUCCGAGAACUAGACACGUUGGGCUUUGAUGGCGAUGGAGAAUCAAAGUCGACUGCAUGA